CGUGCAUUUAAGUCACCCAUGGCUCGUUCAGACAGAUUGUUGAAGCCAGCACCACAGUGUCUUCCUGUGAGACUUGGGGCUGGCGAGGGCGCCUGGGGAGGGGGGCUCGUAUUGACCCCCUUUCUCUUCUCCUCAGACACUACCACGCGUCUCCUGCUGGGUGCCAUUGCAGUCCUCCUGUUUGCCAUCCUCGUGGUGAUGAGCAUCUUGGCUUCCAAGGGCUGUAUCAAGUGCGAGGCGCCCUGCCCCGAGGACUGGCUGCUGUACGGCCGGAAGUGCUACUUCUUCUCCGAGGAGCCCCGGGACUGGAACACUGGCCGGCAGCACUGCCACUCCCACGAGGCUGCGCUGGCGGUGAUUCAGAGCAAGAAGGAGCUGGAGUUUAUGUUCAAGUUCACCCGGAGGGAGCCCUGGAUUGGCCUGCGCAGAGUGGGGGAUGAAUUCCACUGGGUCAACGGGGACCCGUUUGACCCAGACACAUUCCCCGUCUCGGGCCCGGGGGAGUGUGUCUUCGUGGAGCCCACCAGGCUGGUGUCAACGGAGUGUCUGCUGACCCGGCCCUGGGUGUGCAGCAAGAUGGCCUACACGUGAGCUGGGGCAGACCACAGGGGCUGGACCUGCCUGCCCCGGGCUCCUCCCCAGAUGCAGCUGUGAGGAGGGUGGGCGGGCCCCAGGCCCCUCUCCUCGCCAGGCUCCAGGUCUCCUGGGCCCCAGGCAGGUCCUGUGGCUCAGCGGCGAAAUCCCACAUGCUCAGUAGUAUAGGCGCGUGUCCCUUCUUCACGCACACGCACACACACACACACGUGUACAUACACGCGCACGCACACAGGCUCCGCAAACUCAGAGUCCUCCCUCAGCCGCCCAGCAAGUCCUCCUGUGGCCCGGCCUGGAAACUGCCUUCCUCGUGCGACCCCGGUGCUUUGAGGAAGGAUGGGGCGGACGCAGAUGGCAUUACUGUGGGCACAGCCAGGCCCGCCCCUCCCGGGACACGGGGAGGGAAGGCUCUCCCCGCUGGGGCCGGCCACUCGCACCCUCUUUGCCUUGCCCGGGGCCUCAGGCAGCCCCUGUGUAUCUGUGGUGCUCUUGUACUGGUCACUGAUGGAAUAAAGAACGACUGGCCUCCAGA